UAAUGCAAAGAGGGAUACAAGUCUCAUCAACACAGUCCGUAGGAAACAAGGUAACGGCAAGUUGUCAAGAUACCACCGAUCACAACGGAAAGCGCGUCUGCUGGCGGGAGUUUACCGCUGAGGCGUCGGAUGGAUGAUGAGGAGGAGGACAUGUCACGGCCCAUCUCGCAGCUCUGGGGAACGCCCUUUAGGGACGUCAAAUACGAAGACCGCACCACACAGAUCGCGGCCGGACAGGCCCUUGUCGCCGUCACCGCUGCCGUGCCCGCGCCACAGAGCCACAACAACAACAGCAUCGGCAUCAACACGCUGCCCUGCAGCUUGCACCAGCAGCCUCGCAUACCCUUUCACGGCAACGCUGGAUUACGCUUACAUUUCCCCGCUCAGUUUGAGCCCAUGGAGGACCGGGGAGAGAGGCAGAUUGAAGAGGAGGAGGAAGAGGGCAGAGGGGAGGAAGAUGACAGGAUGGCAGAGAGGCCUGAGGAGCAGGCGGGGGUGAGCGUCGAGGCACAAAUCGGUCGUAAACUUCGGGAGAUUGGAGACAAGUUCCAGCAAGAUCAUGUUGAACUGUUCAUGAGGCAUCAGAGACAAAACCUGCCUGCCUGGAUGCGCCUUACGAUGGCCCUGUUUGGCUUUCUGUUUCCCAGAGAGCCUUUCUUCCCUCGCCUGAGAGGACAGCAAAGAUGAAGGGGCUUCCUGCUGGCCUUCGCCUCAGCCCUUGUCCCCCCCCCACAGGGACAAGGGACCAGACUUUUAAGAGAUGGCACUGUAAGAUGGAACACGGGUUUGGAUUUUGUUUUCUAAUUGAUUACGAAGACGAGAUGAAGAAAACACUGGUCACCGCUGGACGGAGACUGAUUACAAUUUUUCUUAAUUUUUUGUUUUGUUUUUUGUUUUUUCGCCUCUCCAAGAAGAAGCCAUUGCGUUUUGAAGAGAUAUUUUCGAAAUAUUUGUAAGAUUACCUAUUUUGUACAGUAAACUGCUCUUUUUGUUUUUGGUAUUUCAAAUCUCGAAGGACCUCCAUCAGUCCAGGGAAUGCCUUAUUCUCUCCUGCCACAGUACAACUCUUUUGCAGAAAGGAAAUCAUGAAAAAAAAAAAAACAGAUUCACUUUUAAAAUUAGGCCACUUUUUUGGCGACAAACUGUGGACGCGGACAUUUCUGUGCUGAAGUUACUGACUUUAAACCUUGAGGACUCAAGGCACAUUUCUAAUUUAUUCUCAGAAAAACAAUAAGCCCUGUACUUAUCCUUUACUGUUCCACACUGGCUAAUUUCAAACUGGUUGUCAUGACUUUGUGGCUGUGCUACACACUGGUGGUGCACUGUCAGUCAGUUUAGAUGUUUUGCCAGCUUCCACUGUAGAUGUAGGGACAUUUUAUCAACCUGUGUCAUCCUGUGUCAGCCUCUCCAUCUCCAGUACCACUCAUGUUGUUAGAAGUGGCCUAAAGACCCACUGUGUAGAUCCAGAUCCUGUUGAUUUAAAGGAUAAACAUGUAUACUUGAAUGUAGGUGUACUGAAGAUAUUGUUGUCGAGUAACUUCAAUACCUGACAUUAAUCGUGAUUACUCUUUGAAUUUGUGAUCAUGUGUAUGUAGGAGUGCGUGCUUACUGUUUCCAAAAUCUGCAGUCAUUUUGAAACCAAAUAAGCACAAACAAAUCUCCUUUGUGGGAUCACGAUCAGGGAACUGGAAAACAAUCACACAGCUGAAAAUCUUUGGAUGAGUUUCAUCAUUCUCUGAAGCUUUUCAGUGUCUCUUUCUCUGGCUGGAUUGACAAUCGCAAUUUUGCCCUUUGCUGCAUAACGUGGGUCGAUCGUGAUAGAGAUGACAUUUAUCAGCGAUUUUCAGGGGCGAGCAAUAUUCAAGCCAGUGGAAGGAAGUAAAAAAAAAUCUUAGGGAUCUGUUGCAUUUGCAAUCAAACUGACAUCCAUAGAAGGAAUGUUUCCCAAAAUAUGGCUGUGUUCUCAAUGAAAAACACCUCUUUACAAAUAUCUUUGUUACAGAAACAUUUUGGGUUAAAGGGAAACGUUGGAAUUUUAUAACCGAGAGCCUUUUUUCACAUGUAAAAGU